AUGUCUUCCUCCAGCCAUCAGCGAGAUGGCUCACGUAUCAUCCCACCGCGAACCCAAGCAGAUAACCUGCCAUCAUUCAGAGAAAUCGCCAUCCCAAAUGUGGACGGGCUAUCCGAACUCUCGGACCUUCAAUCCUGGAUAACCCAUAUCCAGCUCAUCCUUGGAAACCUCAACCUCUUGGCUAUAAUUAGCCACCAUCUUCCUCGACCCACACCGGACCACAUCAACUAUGAGAGCUGGCUGAAAUGGUCCCAGCUCGUGCGCAACUGGCUGAUGCUAAAUGUGGAAGAGGGGUUUUCUACCUUCCUCAGAUCCAUUCGUCCUCACCUUGAGCUAGCUGAUGAAACCUACCUCAUGAUCACUGACUUGCUGCUACACGAGGAAGAAGACAUUGAAUCCAUGGAAUUCAUCAAGCUGUGGUCAAUGCGACGCGACCAGUUCGAUGAUAUUGUUGACCAUAUCCUUGACACUCUCCACCAGGGUGACCAAGCCUCCUUCUAA